AUGGACAUAGCGAGGAAGAUCUUGGCGGCUCCCGGAGGAUCGAAAGUCCCCAGCGUCGAAGAAACCCUUCCUACUCUUUGCAAUCGACUCCAGCAUGCCACGCUAUCGUCCGAUCGGAAGUCUGCCAUAUUGGGGCUAAAGAGUUUCAGUAGACAGUAUCGUGAAUCUGUUGUUGAAUAUGGGCUUCGGCCUUUAAUCACCGCUUUGAAACGGGACUACGAAAACCGUGAAAUCACCAAGGCCAUUUUGGAAACCUUGCUUAUAUUGAUUAUACGUGGCGAAGGUACGGAGGAUUUAACCCGAGCUUUCGUUCAAGCUACAAGAGCUCAAAACGGGAAGUACCCGUGUCCUUUGCUUUUGGAGAACGACCAGUUCUCUUUAUGGAUAGCCGACGCCUUAACUCAAGAUCCCAGUUCGUUUGAAUUGAUUCUUGUCAUCAUCCAAGACAACGAUGAUUUCCACAUCAAACUCUACGCCAUCCAAUUGCUUGAGGCCGUGGUCUCUGCCCGAGCUUCCAGAGCCAAAGAUUGUCUUUUGUCGAUUCCUACUGCGACCUCGGUGUUGGUUUCCUUAUUGAAAGACCCUCGAGACCCCAUACGAAACGAAGCCAUCCUUCUUUUAUUGGCAAUAGUUAAAGAUAACUUCAACAUCCAGAAACUAGUGGCCUUUGAAAACACCUUUGACAUUUUGUUUGAUAUCAUCCAAGACGAAAUAGGCAUCCGGGGCUCGGUAUUGGUGCAAGAUUGCUUGUCGUUAAUCAACAGUCUUUUACAGUACAAUGCCUCCAACCAAAAGUUCUUUAUCGAGACUCAGGGUAUACCAAGAUUGAACGAAUUGAUGAGCGAACCUCUAGAAGAAGCGUAUGAAGACGACGAUCUUAAAGAUAGCGAAGGGAACCCAAUCCCUAUACCCCCCAUUCAUUGGACAGAACAAAGACUUGUAAAUAUGCAUUUGGCUUUGGAUGCUUGUAAGGCCUUGGUACUGGACGAUAAUGAAUCUUUAGCUUAUAACCAAGAGAAACUCACUCAAGCCGGAGUUUUGUUCACAGUGUUACGGUUAACCUUUUCUCCUAAUGUCAGAAAUGAAACCAGACUGUCGGCAUUGCUUGCGGUGUGUGAUAUUAUUCGUGGUAACCAUGACCUUCAACUCCAGUUGGAGACCAUUGACGUACCUUAUAUCGAUCCGUCAUUACCUCUACAAUUGCAAGCAAACGAUGAACCCAUACCGGUGAUUCUUUCGCUUAUUAAUUGGGCUCUCUGUAUCAAUAGUGUUCAUUGCUUUGACUUGCGAGUGGCUGCCUCCAAAUGUUUGCAUGCGUAUUUGUUUAAUAACGACGCCGCAAAGAGUUCCUUCUUAACUGAACAAAUGGAAUCCUAUAGGGAUCCAACAUAUUAUGAUAAACUAUUCCUGGGAAAUGAUGUUGAUGUUAGCCAUAGACCCACAUUCACCAAUGUCUUUUCAGUUUUAAUGGACUACGAUACAGAAGUCAAAAUUAACCCUUACAGAUUAUGGUUUGCUGCAGUUAUAAUCACAUAUAUCAUUGAAGACGAUGAGAACGAUGUUUCUCUUGAUAUGAUGACAAACUUCAAAACUGGAGAUGAAAGCAGCGGAGAAGAAGUACUUGGUUCAAUCCAAGCUAUUUCUGGGUCUUUAGUGACAACUUUAGAAAAUUAUGACGAACGAGUUCCUAUUGGAUACUUUAUGUUACUCAGUAUUUGGCUCUAUGAGAAUCCAAAAGCUGUUAACGAGUUUUUGUCUGAUCCAAGUGUGGUCCGGUCCAUUUUAACUUACUUAUCAAAAUCAACAGAUCAAUCAGUAUUAGUCCAAGGAGUGGCUGCAUUCUUUAUUGGGAUUAUUUUUGAGUUUAGUUCCAAAGAAUCACCAAUUUCAAGAGUUUCAUUGCACGGAAUGAUAGUCCAAACCUUGGGGAAAGCCAAUUUUAGCUUGAAAGUCAGACAACUCAAAGAGAAUCCAUUAUUCCGUAACUUUGAUGAAAAUAUUGAUGGAGGAGGAAUAGAAGAAAAUGGCUUGCCCGAGUUAUACUUUGUUUCUCAGUAUGUGAAUUUGGUGAAAGAUAACUACAAUCGGAUUAGCAAGACUCUUAUUCAAGAUCCCAACUUGGAGACAAUCAAAAAGGUAUCUUACGAUGAUUUUCGAGAACUUAAUGAUAAGUAUCAAGAGCUCGAAAGUACUCUUGCAUCCGAGAGAAGUGCCACUAAACAACAGGAGGAAGCAUUAAAUAAAGUCAUUGAAGAUUUGGAUGCUCAGUAUAAUGAUGCUCAAGCAAAUCUUGAGACAAAGACCAAAGAGUUGGAGAGAUUGAAGAUGGGUCAUUCGGGCAUCGAAAGAGAAUAUGAACAACUUAAGGCUAAACUUGAAGAGAUUGAAAAGUUAAAAGAUCAUUUUGAAGUCUCAUCCAAAACUUAUUAUAAGGAAUUGAGUGCAACUAAGAAGAUGGCAUCGACCUCUGAUGGGUCGAUGAAGAAACUCCUGAUGGAUCUUGACAAAGUUACAGCAGAGAAGAAGAAAUUGGAAGAAGGGAUUAAUAAAAUGACCAGAGAUUUGUUUCAAUUACAGAAACAGAAACAAACCUCUGAUAAUAAUCUUCGGGCUCACGAGAAGGAAAUCUUGAACUUAAAUAAGGAAUUGACGAAGAUGAAGAAUGAUAACGAUUCCAAAACCGAAAAGCUUCGUAAAGCAAAUAAGGAACUUGAAGAAAGAGUACGGGAAUUGUCUGAAAACUUGAAUGCCGAGUCGAAAAAAGCGAUGCUGGCGAAUGCUCUUUCAAAAGACUUGCAGACCAAGGCUGCUAUUGAAGCUCAAAAUAAUGAAACGUUAGUGGAUAAAUUGAGGUUGGCUGCUUCGACUUACAAUGAACUUAAGAAGGCAAAACUAGAAGUUGAAAAUCAAGUUAGGUUUUUAAACGCUAAGGUUUCCAGUCUUGAAGUUGCCAGUCUUGAGCUUCACAAAGACAAUGGUCAACAACGAGCCCUGCUUGAUAGUGUUCAGAAUGGGUCACAGUCAAAGAUGGCAGAGUUCAGACAAGCGUUUGAAUCGCUUACAUUGAACAACCUGGCCUUACAAGUUAAACAGUUGGAAUUGGAAGAUGAAAUCAGGACUCUUCAACUGGAUCAAACCGAAGAGCAAGAAGCAUAUGAAGCAUUAAUUGUUGAGCUUGAAAACAAGAUCAAGGAGCUUUCUUUGGAAAAUAAAACCCUUAAGGAAUCUGUUAGCCAAUUGGAAGACACGAAUAAACAAUUGACGACUUCCAAAGCAUUGCUUCAAGAAGAAUAUCAAAAGUAUAAGCAAGUUCAGGAGGAUACCACUGUUUCGAAGGAAACAGAGAUCUCUGAGUAUAAAGAAGACGUCACCAGACAAAUGAAUUUACUUGAGGCCAAAGCUGUUGAACUUGAACAAAAGUUACAGGAGAAGUCAGAAGAAACCAGCAAGGCAAAGUCUGAUUUGGAAGGUCAAUUAUCCAAGCUUUCAGAGUUGGAGAUUGAACAUCGGGCCAAUCUUUCCAAGAUGGAAAUCAAAUAUGAUGAUAUUAAACAUGAAUUGGAAACCAAAGUGGUGGAGUAUAAUUCAGCUGUUGAUAGACUUGCAUUACAAGAACGGCAGUUAUCAGAAAUGCACGAGCAACAGCAAGACAAAGUUGAGCACUAUGAACAGAGGCUCUCCGAAUUGAAAGAGUCUUUGACUUUGAAGCUGAAGGAAUAUAGGGAAGCCAAGGACUUGCUUAAGCAAACCGAAUUGGAAUUGAAUGAGCUUAAAAUGAACCAUGCCAAGGAGAUUGAGCUGAUGAAAUCCGAACUUGAAGACGUCAAAAGUCAGUUGGAAGUGGCAAUUACUCCAGAGAGUCUUGAAGAUAUCAAGAAGGAAAUCGUUACCGACUACCAAUCGGAGUUGAGUGAUGUUAAGCUGCAACUUGAGUUAAAAAACCUGUCAUACCAAAAGCUUGAAGCUCAAUUGAGUGAAGUGAACUCCGAACUCAGUCAUUUACAAGAGCAAUAUGACUCCCAAUCCUCCGAGUACAAGAGCAAGUUGGAGGAACUUGAAAAGUUGACUCUUUCCAAGUCUGAGUUACAACUGGAAUGUGAGAGACUUCUUAGUGAACUCAAGAAAGCUCAAACUGAGAGUGGAAAACAGCAACUGGAUCUCGAAGUGGAACAAUUGAAGAGUGACUUAUCUUCCAAAGACGUCACCAUCCAAGGGUUGCAGCAAACAGAACAGGAGUUGAGACAAGAAGUGUCUUCUCUUUUAGAAAAGUGUAUGGGGUUCGAACAAUUGUUAUUUGAAGCUGGUGAAACCCAUAAAACAUUAGAACAUAGCAAGCAAGCAACUGAUAAUGAAUUGAGAGUCAUGAAAGAAACCUUACGUCAACUUCAAGAUGCUCACACCGAGGAGGGUUCCUCAACUACUGACCAAAAAGCAGACGACGCAGCUUAUUUGGAAUUAGUCUCACAGAAUGAACAGGCAAAACAAACCAUAGCUGCUAUCGAAGCAGAAUUGACUGAAACCAAGGCAAACUAUGAUCAAGUUAAACAAAGUCUUGAACACCUGAAAUCGGAAUUUUUGACUAUGAAGCAGAAACAUGAAGCAGUUGCAAUGGAGUUGGAGCUAGUGUCAGAAUCUCAAGGAGAAUCUCUUGAGAGAGUCAAGCGAAUAGAGGAACUUGAAGAUCAACUAUUGAAGGCAAGAGAUGAGUUAGACUCUACCAAGAGUGCGCUUCAAUGUGCUUCGGAAACCGUUAGCAAGCACGAAAGUGACGUAAAGGAAUUUGAAGCCUCGUACCUUGAAGUUGCAUCACUUUUGGAAGCAACCAAAGCCAAGCAUGACACUCUCAAAUUACAAUUGACCACUAUAGAAAGUGAGCACAGGAAAAAGUUGGAUAUUUCCAUUGCAGAGCUUUCUGAGUCCAAGAAGUCAAUAGCUGAGUUGCAACAGAAGCAAGUGACACAUAUGAAAAAGAUAGAAGAACUGGAAGGGAUCAUUUCCCAGUUGGAGAAGGAGAUUGACGACCUCAAAGAUGAGAAGAUUUCAACUGAUGAUAUUGCUGUAAUGAAAGAUGAAGGUAUUUCGAAUGGUCAUCAUACUGAAAUGGGAACAGAAGCCGAAGUAACUGAACAGCAAGUUGAAUCCACGCCGUUAGAUUCCAUUGAAGAUUUUUCUCAAGUAAAGAAAGAUAAUUCGAAUCUUCGUAUUGAACUUGAAACAGUUUCCAAUCGAUUAGAACAAGCUUCUAAAGAAAUUGAAAAGUUGAAGGACGUGAUAGAGUCAAAGGAACAGCAAUUGUCCGAGAAGGAAGUGGCCAUUGCAGAGUUGGAGGACGAGAAUGAUUCAGUAACGGACAUGAUGGAGAAACUCAACGUUGUAAAAUUCCAAUUGGAAGCCGAGCUCAAAGGUAUCAUCAAACAGGCAAAGCCCGAACUUCUUGAAGAUAAGGAAAAUCAAAUCGUUGCAUUGAAGAAUGAUUUGAUGCUAAAGAUUGAAAGCCUUGGUUUGAAGGAUGUAACCAUUGCUAAACUUCAAGCGGAACUUAAUUCUAGAGUCAAGGAAUAUGAAGCAUUGUCGAACGAAUAUGAAAGCUUGAAAGAAGAUGUGGUUAUUAAGGACGAAGAGCUUCGAGCUUUUGAAACUCAAAUUGCAGACUUAGAAAAGACAAAGUCAACUAAUGACUCAAUCGUUUUGGAACUCAAAUCUAAUUGUACGACGUUAAAGAAGGACAACGAUGACCUUGAAGCGGCUCUUGCUAGCUUCAAGAAAGAGGUUCUCAGGUUAACAGCAGAAUUUGAAGACUUGACGAAGAAGCACGAAUUGGAGACCAAAAAAGCAAGUCAAAAGGAGUCUUUGUUCUUGUCACUUGAAGCCAAAUGCAAAGAAGCUGAAAGUCGGGUUAUUCAGUUGAGUCUGGAUUAUCAAGAUAAAAUUGAAGCCAUUGAAUUGGAAAGACAACUGUUUGCAAAAGAAAUCAGUGACUUGGAUACCAAAUGUUCUCUUGCUGUGAAGGAAUGGAAAGCUAAAUUGAGAGACGUUGAAGCAAGUAACCUAAGCACAAUUUCCGCACUUCAAUCUGAUAAAAUAAAGCUUGAAGAACAGCUUGAAGAUACACUGAAAGAGCUUUAUGAAUUGCAACAAUCUCAUAGGCAGUUGAUACUGGAUGUUUCUGAACUGGCAAAGGAGAAUUCAGAUAUCAAGGCUGCAUCGGAGUCGACAUUGAAUGAUCUUAAAGAACAACAUGUAAAAAGAGUGUCUGCUCUCGAAGCUGAAAAGGACAAGCUAUCCAAACAACUUGAAACCAAACUGCAGCAGUUGUUGGAAGAAAGUAAGAGAUUGGAUGACAACACCUCCGAAUUAUCAAUGUUGAAAGCGGCAUUGGAGCAGUUCAAAGAGACCAAUCGUACUUUGGAAAAUGACUUUGAAGCAAGACUUAAAGAUGAGGAGGAGCUGCAUUUGAAAGCUAUAAAUGCAUUAACCAGCGAUCUUGAAGCUUCAGAAACACAAAUUGAAGCUUUGCUGAAGCAAUUAUUAGAAACCAAUGAAAAACUCACUACUGUCACGGGUGAACUUCACCAAUUGAAGCAGGAUCUCAACAAUUCGAGAGAGUUGAGCUCCGUUUGGGAAGCAAAGUUCAAAGAAUUGGAAACCGCAAAAGCCAAGGAGUUAUCAAUUGUUGCUGAAGAAAGGGAUUCACUCAGAGACCAAUUUUUUAGUAAACUGGAAGCUUAUGCUGAGACUUCGUCUAGUUUAAAAAGCAUGACAGAGUCUUUAGCCAAGGUUGAAAGUGCUUUGAAGGCAUCGAAGGACGAACAUGCUAGAUCUAUGCAAGAAUUAGAAGCUAACGGUGGAGCUAAGAUCAAUGCUAUUGAACUGGAACGAGACUCAUUAGUAGUUCAAUUGAAGGAAAAGCUGGAAGAACUUGUUAGAACCGAGACUAAGUUGUCAAGUGUGGAUCAAGAAUUGCUUGAGUUGAGACAGGAAUACGAUGAUGUCAAUAACAAAUAUAACAGUUCCUUAAGCGAAUUGAAAGCAACGUUGGAGCAACACCAACAAUUCAAGGAUGAAGAAAUCAAUGCUUUGAAACAAGAUUUUAAAGAACAACUUGAAGCUAAACUGCAAGAGCUAGUGACGAUUAUCACCAAACACAACGACUUAGAAGCAUCUCUUCUGGCAGAGCUCGAUCUGAGUGUUGAACAAAUCGAAACGUUGAAGAACGCAAAGAUACAACUCGAGGAACAACUUGAAGCCAAGCGUGUGGAAUCAGCGGAGAUGGCGGAAAGAUAUGAAGCUUGUCAAGAGAAGUUGACAACCUUAGAGGCGGAAUUAACUUCUAAGAUUAAAGCCCACGAGGCAGCAUUCGCAACCAAUGAAGACAAGACACAGCAGAUCCUUCAAGAUACCCAGCACAAGCUUCAAGAAAAAGAAUCCAAAGUCAAGGAACUAACACUGUCGAUUGAAAACCUUAAAACCGAUUCGGAUCGUAAAUUGAAUCUUGUUGAACAAGAGAGGACUGCGUUGGUUUCAGAAUUGGAAUCCACUAGAGCCGAGCUUGUUCAACUGAGAAAUAAUGUUGACUUGACAUCAUUGAAGGAAGAAUUGGAACAUGUGAAAGCUGAGAUUCGGCAGAAGGAAGAAUCAUUAAAUGGAAAGGAAUUGGAAAUGCAACUGAUUCGCGAAGAAGCAAGUAAUCAAGUGGAAACACUUAAAGCCGAUUCACGUUCUCUUGCGGACUUAGCAUCCAGUCAAAAGCAAGAGAUUGAGAAGUUGCGUUCUGAAAUAUCUUCAAUGAUAUCCAAUAAAGAGAAGGAUAUUUCCACUUUAGAACAGGAGUUGGAACAACUGAACAAAGCUGCUUUAGAGUUCCGUGACGAAGCACUUCAAAUGAGUGAUAAUUUAGCAGGACUUCGGAAAGAAUUGGAAAUUGCUAAAGAAAAUAAUCACGAGGUUCAACUUAAAGAACGAAUUGAAUUAUUGGAGUUUGAAGUUGCUGAUAAAGAUGAUAAUGUUCAUAUUCUUGAAGAACAACUUAAGAAGCUUUUUGAGAGUAAGGAGAAGUUGACUGAAACUCAUCAGAAUGAAUAUCAACAACUCAAACAAGAAAAAAAUGAUGAAAUUGAUGUCUUGAAGACUCAAAAUGAAAAGCUUCGUGAAGGUCUUUUGAAAGUCAAACAAUUGUUAAUGAAUAAAUCUGAAUCUGAAAGUGAAGUUGAGCAAUUGAAACAAGCAUUAAUAGCAAAGGACAAGGAAUUGGAAUCAUUAAGGACCAUAUAA